GAUCUGUCUGCUCUCAGCAUAUCACCCUUCUCGCCGUCACCUUUACUAAAACCUCUCUCUCUGUCAAUGGCGGUGGACAAAGACAAGCUUCAGGAAGCCGCUCCCAUUGCUCGUUUCCACAAGAUUGUUCUCGGUUGGGACUACUACGGCCUCCUCACAGAGUUAACUAAGAAUGAGAAGAAGAAUAAGAAGAAGAAUAAGGGAGAGAUAGAUGACGGUUUAGGAAUGGGAAAAGUGAAAGACACCUACAAAGAUGUGGAUGACUAUAUCUCUACUUAUGAACCCCUUCUUUUUGAAGAAGUCAAAGCUCAGAUUAUUCAGAGCAAAGACGAGAAUCAAUUACUAAACCCCAAGAGAAAUUUGGUUGUGGCGUGCACUGAAGUUGAUGGGUUUCACUUAGCAACUCUUACCUAUGAGAAGAGUGACAUGGAUGACAAGGAAGCAAUAUCACAGAAUGAUCUUUUGCUUCUUUUGAAACCAAAUCAUCAAGACAAGGAAGAACUCCCAACAGUCUAUGCUUUUGCAUUGGUAGAAAGUCGUCAGGCAAGUUCUUUUAGGAUUAGAAUGUAUUUGGCCGGAGAAGCCAAAAACUUGAAGACAGAUGCAGUUGAAACUUGUCCAAGGUUGUUAAACAUAAAGUCAUUGGUUACUUCUAGUAUUGAAGGAGAGAGGUUUUUUGUCACUCGAAAGAUUUGCAGUUUAUCAACUAUUGCUCGUGAAUAUGUAGCUCUAUGGUCAAUUGGCUCUCUGCCCUUUAAGGAUAUAAUUCUUGGAGCUGCUGAGAAAAAUAUCGAUUCAGAAGGCCAAGCCUGGAAAAUUUCUAGGCCUCUGGAGGAAUUUAUAAAAGACAAUCUUAAUGAAUCACAACAAAACGCCAUACAAGCCGGUCUAUCGCGUAAACCAUUUAUCCUGAUACAGGGUCCUCCAGGGACAGGGAAGACACAAACUAUCCUUGGGCUUCUUAGUGCCAUUUUGCAUGCAACACCAGCAAGAGUGCACUCCAGCAGUGGGUCACAAACCAUAAAGCUUCGGCAAAAGUUAACUGUUCAGGAGAAAUUCCAUCAUUGGCAAUUAGCAUCUCCAUGGCUUAGUGGUAGCAAUCCUAGAGAGGAAAUAAUGCCUGUUAAUGGUGAUGAUGGUUUUUUUCCGACCACUGGAAAUGAGUUAAAACCAGAAGUAGUCAAUUCUAGUCGUAAAUACCGCGUACGUGUCCUCGUGUGUGCUCCUUCAAACUCUGCCCUGGAUGAGAUUGUGUUGCGUGUUCUGAACAGUGGUGUGCGUGAUGAAAGUGACCGUUCAUAUAAUCCCAAAAUUGUGCGGAUUGGUCUUAAGGCUCAUCAUUCAGUCCAAGCAGUCUCCAUGGAUGACAUGGUAGAACGAAAGAAAGGAAGCAUGGGGGGUAGUAAAGACAGAGAUGGAGGUGCUGAUAGGUUUCGAGCAGAAAUUUUGGAGGAGGCAGUUAUUGUCUUCUCUACCCUUAGCUUUAGUGGUUCACCUCUUUUCAGUAAAUACAAUCGCGGUUUUGAUGUAGUUAUAAUAGAUGAAGCUGCACAAGCUGUGGAACCAGCUAUUCUUGUUCCAUUGACAAAUGGAUGCAAACAAGUAUUUCUGAUUGGUGACCCGGUUCAACUGCCAGCUACUGUAAUUUCUCCAAUUGCUGCUAAAUUUGGGUAUGGAAUGAGUUUGUUUGAGAGAUUUCAAAGGGCUGGUUAUCCAGUGACCAUGCUGAAGAUGCAGUACCGAAUGCAUCCAGAGAUUAGGAGCUUUCCUUCUCGAGAGUUUUAUUCAGAGUCAUUGGAGGAUGGUCCUAAUAUUAAAGAGCAGACAAAGCGUUCCUGGCAUGACUAUCGCUGCUUUGGACCCUUUUGUUUUUUUGACUUACAUGAAGCGAAAGAAUCGGAGGACUCAGGAAGUAAAUCUAAUGAUGCUGAGGUAGAAUUUGUCAUGCUCUUGUACAAUAAGUUGGUCAGUAAAUAUCCAGAGCUUAAAUCAAGUCAUCAGUUCGCGAUUAUAUCACCCUAUGCUGCACAAGUAAACCUCUUGAAAGAACGUUUCAAAAGUACUUUCGGAGUGCAGUCUGAGAAAGUAGUGGAUAUUACUACUGUUGAUGGUUGCCAGGGACGUGAAAAGGAUGUUGCAAUAUUUUCUUGUGUCAGGGCAAGCGAGAAAGGAGCCAUUGGGUUUUUGGCUGAUUUCCGGCGAAUGAAUGUUGGGAUCACAAGAGCAAAAUCUUCUAUAUUGGUAGUGGGAUCUGCAUCAACAUUAAGGAAAGGUGACAAGCAUUGGAAUAACCUAGUGGAAAGUGCUGAAAAGAGAGACUCUGUAUUUAAGGUUUCGAAGCCGUAUGCUUCAUUUUUCAGUGAUGAGAAUCUGGAAUCCAUGGCAAUCAAGAAAGAAUCCUCCAUGGAGGAAGUUCAGAAUGAUGAGCUGGAUAACGAUCCAGGUUCCUACAAUUUUGGGGAUGCUGACCAAGCACAGGGAGAUGACAAUGACUAUGGAGACGGAGAUGGGGAGGCAGACAUGGGUGACGGCGGCGAUGACUGAAUUGUAAUAUGACUAUGGAGUGUGGGACGUCGAUGAUUUUGGGAAGCUUGUAUUGUAAUAUGACUAUGGAGUGUGGGACGUCGAUGAUUUUGGGAAGCUUCUUGUGUAGUUUUCACUACCAUCAGCUGUUAAGAUGCAUAGACCCCAACUCACAAUUCUUGUAUAUCAAUUGAAACUAGCAACAACAUUAAGUUCACAUUAAGUUUCGGUCUAUUUAAUAAAUGAAUCCGAUAUCAUUUGACUAAUCAAUUAAAUUAUUGAAAUUUAAAUACUUUCUUACAGCA